AUCCAAGUUACAACUUUUUCGACUCUGCGCACAUCAAUCAUGUCCGGGACAGCGAAAGCGCUGAGCCGUGCGGCUUUGAUGUUAUCACAAAGACAGUAUGUGAGCAUCCCGCAGGUUUUCCACACGCGCACCACGCCAAUCCGUCUCCAACAAACCCGGCGUUUCUCCUCGUCGCCCUUUACCUACGUCCCAAAAGAUGCCGACGAACCGCGGGAUAUCGACCUCAAGGAUAUUGGUGACCUUCCUGAAUACUCAGUCGAGAAUUUUACCGAUGCCGAGAAGUCCAUGUACGAAUUGAUGUCCUCUGAAGAGCGAGCCGUAUUUGAUGCCGAAAACAAACGCUUCGUCGAGGUGUGGAACGACCCGGCUGUACGACAAGAGCAAAUUGACCUGGUUGAACAAUCAGCGGCACUAAUUGAUAGAGAAUCAAGAAUGCGAUUUGAGGAUGUGAGAGAGAGAAACCGUGGUUUCUGGGCGGAGGAGGAAGAAGAUGAGUUCUCCAAUGCGGAGGAUGGAGAUGAUACCUACAAUGAUGAUGAGAUCACCUCCAUGGCCCACGCGGAGUUGGAAUUGCAUCGCGAGAUCCGAGAAUAUGCUCGUAUCGCGGCAUGGGAUAUGCCAUUAUUGAGUAACCUUACCAAGCCAUUUGAAUUGCCCAAGGAAAACCAAAUCCUCCGCUUCCGAUACACAUCCUACAUGGGUGAACAACACCCUGCCGAACACAAGGUUGUUGUGGAACUUAGUUCCAAGGAUCUUGUACCGAAACAUUUGACGGAGGCACAGCGUCAGACAUUCCUCAAACUUGUCGGUCCACGCUACAACCCCGACACAGACAUUGUACGCAUGUCUUGCGAGAAAUUUUCGGCCCGAGCCCAAAACAAACGCUAUCUCGGCGAUACCAUCAAGAAUCUUAUCAAAGAAGCCAAAGAGGGCGACUCCUUCGCAGAUGUACCCCUUGACCUCCGACAUCACAAACCAAAAGUUCGAUACACGUUCCCCGAAUCAUGGAAAAUGACCGAUAACCGGAAGCAUCAACUCCUUACGGAUCGUGAACUUCGUCUCCAAAGCGAACAGGAACGUAAUACUGUCGUGGAUGGCAAGGAAUCCGUUCUCCAUGCAAUCCGUACUUUACCAGCUCUGAGCCAACAUCCUCAGCUACGUGCUGCAGAUGAGAAGGGUGCUGUCAAGGAGACAGUGGCAAGAGGAAAAGUUGGUGCAAGGCCGAGAAGAUAGAGUUUUUGUCGUCGUCGCUGCGAGCUAUGUAUAUUCAUUUCAUGUACCAUACCAAUCCGCAAUUUCAAAAUGUUUAGAAUAUUACAUUUCACCGUCCCAGCUCGAUUAUCUAGCUCUGAACAUCGGCUGAUGGCUCAGUGUAUGCCGAC